AUUAUUCCAAAAAUAUAAAUUAAUAUUUGGCUGAAUCAAGCGAUCGGCAAGCAUGUCACAAGGGAUGAAGCAGGGGAGAGAUUUAUUUUUCACGCUGUGAUUCGAACUCCAGACCACUGUCAGACAUGGAUAGAGCUUGCGAUUAUUCCUCUACAGAAUGUGAACCCGAGAUUAAAAAGUUGCGGAAGGAUUUGAACUCGGACGCAAAGGAUACAGAUGUGCUUUUGGAUACGGGCACCCUGGUGCAUGGAAGAGGAAAGGAAUGCUUAAUAAACCAUUCCAAUCCUUUUGGUGUACAUACUACAGUGGUUCCUAAGGAAGAUACAAAUAAAACCAAAAAUAAGAGGACUGUCUAUAUUUGGGAUAUGGAUGAGACACUUAUUUUGCUCAAAUCUUUGCUCAAUGGAAAGUAUGCUGAACCGUUCAGUGGGUCAAAGGAUGUUCAGCAUGGCAUAAAGAUUGGAAGGCGAUGGGAAAGACACAUUCUUCAAGUCUGUGAUGAAUUUUUCUAUUAUGAGCAGGUUGAAAACUUCAAUGAGUCACAUCUGGAUGCAUGGAGUGACUAUGAUGAUGGCAUGGAUCUAUCAAAUUAUGAUUUCAAUAAUGACAACUUAGCUGAGCCUAGUGAUGAUGUAAACAGGAGAAAACAUGCCUACCGUUACCGUUGUAUACGCAAUAAGUUUGUUCAGGGACUGCACAAACUUCUUGAUAAUGAACAAAUUCAAAUUUGGCAAGAUCUCUAUGAUGUCACGGAUGCUUAUACUGAUGGAUGGCUUUCUGCAGGGAGGGCAUUUUUGGAGGAUUGCUUGCGAACACAGGGUAUUUCCACACAGGGUGCUGUUCAUGUUGAAAGCAGAAAAGGCCUACAUAUAUCUGAGGAUGAUAGUGCUUCACAAAAUGUAAAUGUUUUGGUAACAUCAGGCACACUAGUACCUAGCCUAGUCAAGUGCUUGCUAUUUGGUUUGGAUGGUGUGUUCACCUAUGACAAUGUGUACAGCUCAUGGGAUGUGGGAAAGUUGCAGUGUUUUCAAUUGAUUAAAAAACGUUUUGAAGGGCCAGGAGUACAGUUUUGUGUUAUUGGAGAUGGCAUGGAAGAAUGCCAAGCAGCAGAGAGCCUGAGCUGGCCUUUUGUGAAAAUUGAUCCACACCCAAAUGGAGUACAUCGGUUUCCGGGUCUCUCUCUUUCUACCAUAAAACACUAUCUGAACUGCAUAUAUGAUAGCUCUCAGAAUGAUGGUCCAGAAAAAUAAUGAGCUUGCAUCGUGCUUAUUCGUAGUAACUAGUCACUAUUGUGAUGAGAAUAGAUAGGAAAAAGUUUGAGAGAUACUUGGAGGAUGGGCACACAAGAGUUUACACAUCAGAAAUCUCUCACGGUUACACAUGGAGCAGGGCCAACAUGGAGAGGACCCCAUUUGUCAAUGCAUUAGCAACCUUUAUGAAUGAGAUCAAUGAGGGCAGAAAUAUGAAGAGAUAAUACAUUGCCCAAGUUGGCAGCCCAUGGUGCACUCCCAAUUAGGAAUGCCAGACAAGUGAUUUGGAUGGAGCGUCCCCUUGGCUGGACAACUUGGGUGGAUCAGUGAAUAUGAGAGCAUACAAUCUCUGUUUUUUGAUUUGUAUAGAGCAUUUAGUGGUUGUUUUGUACAUAACAUAUAAUUAUUUAGUGUCUGUUAUAGUUUAUUGAGUCUCAUACCAUAAUCAUGUUGAUAGUUAGAUGGUCAAAUUUUGAUCAAGUCUUGGACAUAAUUGAUGUUAUAUUGUUAGUAUAGGUUGUCAUUAUAAUCCGGUACAA